AUGCUUAGCACACCGCAGUACCAUCGAGCAUCGUCAAGAAAGUCAUCGAAAGUGAAAUGGUGUGCGUACAUCUAUCUACGUGAACUACGCGAAGAACGUCUACUGCGCCUGGAGCGAGAUGAUCUGUGGCGUCCACGGGAUCUGCGUGAACGUCCCGAACGCCUCGAAGAUCUUCGCGAACGACCGGAUCUGGAGUGUCGCGAUCUAGAGGAAUGCCGCGAUCUUGAACCGCGUGAUCUUGAAGAACGUCGCGAUCGUGAUGAGCGAUGUGAGCGAUGUCUGGACUUUCUAGAUCUUCUGGGCCGCUUUGAUCUUGCUGGUAUUCUCGAACGACCCUAA